AUGCAUCUCGAGCGCCGGACAGACUACGACCGCCACACCGCCUUCAUCGUGCCCAUCUUCCUCGUUUGCUUCGUGCUCGUCAUCGGCGUCUUCACUGGCGGCGUGCUCAUCCUCAAUAAGAACUCGCCGAAGAGAUCGUCGACGGAGGGAACUGGCGAAAACUCCAGCGCCACGCAAGAGAAGAAGAAUAAGCAGCCACAGCGUGUGCCCUUAGCGCGUUUGCUGUCGGUGCUGUCGGGGAGAAAGGCAUUGAGGGAGAGCAUGAUUGUUGAGACCGCGAUCACAGAACCCCCAGCAAUAACGGUCACCUCAGCCUCUCUACCCGCCGAUCUGCAUCGCGCCGAGCCGAUCGAAGACGAAAAGACCCACGUUCGCGCGUUCUCCACGCUCGCUCCGCGCCAUGAGUUCCUCCGCCUGCCGAUCGUCAGUCGCCAGCGCGUAGAUGACCAAGAUGAACACGACUGCCCUUCCGCUGACGGAAAGAGUUCCACCGGCGAACACGAAGCAUCCGACGAGGACUCCGCGCUCUCGGCCAUCUGGGACUCGUUCUGCGCGAGCGGCGAGGGGAGACUGCACGAGCUUCGCACGCUGUCGUACCUGUCCUUUGGCGAGCAGGGAGCGUCGAAGUACGAUGAGGCGACGAAGGGGAGGCUGGGUGGCGAUACUCUGCUGGUCGACGACGCAGGUCCGCCCGUCGGAGUCAGCGAUGCGCCGAAGAUGGUUGCUGCGUCCCCUCUACCGCCGCCUGGACUAUCGAUGCCAGAUGCUCUGGCUAGACUUGACCCCGAUCAGAAGACGCACAGCUCGCUGAUGUCCUCGAACACUCUUGUCGUCUACCCUGCUUUGUCGAGGUCGUCUACGCUGCCGAAGGGGUGCUCUCCUUCGUUGCCCAAAGGGUGCUCUCCGCCGCUCGUCUCUCCUCCCUCGCAGCUUGACGGCUCGGCUAGCUCCCACUCCUCGGCAACUCCUCACCCAGAGGUCUCGUACUGGUCGCCCGAGAAGAAGCCUCGCUCUAGGUGGGCUCUUGAGCUCUUCAGUCGCGCGAACGGCAAGGAACUCGGCCGUGGCAAGCAGGCGAAGGGACUCGGUCGCGGCAUGCAGGAUCUCAGUCGCGGCAAGCUCGAGAAGGAAAACGUCGUGCAGACUCUGCCAAUCCUCCCACUGUCUUUCGAUAUACCGGAUGAGAACUAUGUUCCGCCAGGUAGCGAUGCGCAUCCCUUCUCUAGCGAUUUCACUGGACUUCGGUCUUCCUCGGACGAUGUUCCUGCGACGGCUGUGUUCUGUCCUGCAGCGGCUGCGUGCCCCCCUUCUGCGGCAACCAGGUCUUCUCCUGUCGCGGUUGAUAGCGACGCCAGCACACCGGCGAUCAGCCUCACCGCCACCGAUUCGAUGGACGAGGUCGCCGACUGUCUGGCGAACGUGACGUGCGACUCGAGCGACAUACACGGUGUCGGGAUCGCCCACGACGUACCUAGUGCAGAGCGUGGCGACGAUCACAGCGCAGACACCCCGCCUGUCCGCCGUGUCUCCCUUCAGCCUCGCCGUCGGUCGCUAGCGCGCGCUCCGGCUGUGCGGAAGGAUAUCUUUGCUGUAUAG